CGAGAGUGAUUCGGAUUCCGAUCUGCCUCUUACAAAAAGAAACGAUUCUAGCAGCUUAAUCAGCAAUAGCUCAAUACUCUGUUGGUUUUGCCCCAUAGCCACCGUACGUCUCCGAUCUACGUUCGCGGCCAAUCCAGUCACAUAUCCACUUCAAAACUCAAAGCAACAAUGGCCGAUGAACAGAUCAGAGACCUGAACUUGUCGGAGACCCAUACGUUGCUGCUCAUCAACCUUUAUUUGUCACACGUACAGGGGCCGAGCUACGUUCCACACGGUGUUGAAUCAGCAUACAUCCACAUCAAUCGUGAUAUCGAAGAAGAUGACGACACGUACAGUGAUGACGGGUUCUGCGCCGUCCCGGCCUCCAGCGACGCCAUCGCUGCGCUGCCAGUGCCAGAGACGACGGUGAGUGAGACCGAGACGAGGGAGGAGGAAGCAUGUGCAGUUUGCCUAGAGGGAUUUAAGGAGGGUGACAGAGUCAAGAAGAUGCCUUGCUCUCAUGACUUCCACGCGAAUUGCAUCUCUGAAUGGCUUAGGGUGAGCCGCCUCUGUCCACACUGCCGUUUUGCUCUGCCUGCUGAGAGGGAUUCUGAACAGAAAAACCCAGAAGAAGCGUGAGAUAGAGCAUAUAUGGAUUUAUGGUUAUUGGAGUUUGGCUGCACAUU